AUGGAAAUAAAUGAUGAUUUUGAGCGGUGGGAUGAUAGUGAAGUAAUAGAUAUUGAUGAGAUUGAAAGUACAUUAUGUAGUGCAAAGCUGGAGAAUGGAGAUCAAGAGAAUGAUAGUCUAGAACACAGUGAAAAUGAAGACAGUGACUCCGAUGGCAACGAUGAUGCUAAACAACAACACAUACUUCGAUGUAAAAAAUGCAAAAAGACUUACCGAUCAAGGAGCUGGUUAAUUAAGCAUCAAGCUUCUUGUGACGGCAAACGGAGAACGAAAGCACUAAGUUUAAAUUUGUCAGAACACCAAGUAAAAACACGACAAGUGCUAGCUAAUCUCGGGGUUAAUGACUUUUUCAAAAGCGAAGGAUUACCUACUGUCAGAAAACUUUUACGAGAUACUUGCGAUACUUCUGUCGAAACAACUUUGCUACGGGGAAAACGGUUCGGGGAAAUGAAAGAUCAAACUGAAAAAGUAUUGGUGGAAAUAGAGAAAGGCGGAUCUAACAACCUGCCCGUGAAUUUUCUCGAACUUUCCGUCACGCAAAAACUAUGGGAUAUCGUCUUUGCAAUGGACAGUCGAAAGAAAACCUCAACAAGGCAGAAAUACAUCGCACAGCAUCUUAACGAAUACAGAAGUUCAGACGAACUUUUAUCUGGAUGGAAAGCUGUUUUAGCUAGCUGCAACGUUCACACCGAAGGGAGGCUGCUGUUGCAAAAGAUUAUUUCAGCGGUAUAUGAAAAGAUAUGUGAAUUCCGCUCCAUUUCUGUCCGGAAUGCCUUAAGCAUCGUCGAGAAAUAUGAAGAAUUUAAUAGUCAAAACAACAACAGCCUUACUCCAGUUGAGCGACUGAUUAUCGCAUAUAUUGCAGGGUAUGUUUACAGAAAGACCAGAGACAAAUUACAAAGAUACUGUGAAGUGAACAAAGACUCGCAGACUUUAAACGUGAAAGACAAGUGUCAGCAGUUAGCUAAGAUUGUGAAAAUUUUAAGUAAAUAUGUGCCAAGCAUAGAAACCCAACCACCGGCAUUGUCAUAUCCCAAUCUUAUGACACUGUCUUUAACCAGAGGUGGCCUUACAACGAUAGGUCCUUUAGAUUUGGAGUUAUUUUGUUCUCUGGAAUUGUCUAUUCGGCCGUUUCUUAAUAUAUCAAACUUUAGGGAUAGUACUUAUAAGUCUGAUGCUGAAUUGGUUGAACAGCUUGUUGAUAUUAACACACCACAGUUGUUGGAAAAAUGGCCUUAUUCCGCUCAGCUUGAUCAUGAAGAUAACAUGUUACUUAUUCGACUCUUUGCCAGUUUGUUUUAUCGGGUAAGGAAGUGGGCAUAUCUGAAGGUAUACAAAGAACAUAAAAAAUUUAAUGAAACACUUACACAUGUCCACCAAGAUUCAAAACAUGUUGAUUUGCAUGGGAAGGACAGCAUUAGAAAAGCAUUAUUGUACACUGGCGUGAACAUGCAGUGA